GACAGGUGUAGUACUUGGGUAGGUCAGGGCCAAGCAAUACAUAAGUAAGAGGUACGGCAGUCUUUCGAAUUAUUUCUUGUGCCAAAUAGCUGGCAACUACAUCUCAAAAUGUUGGCCCUAUUCUUUGUCUUCCUUGCAUUUGGAUCAGUAUUCGCCCAAGACUAUUUUGAUUGCCCUGAAAAUUUUGGUUUCUAUCCACAUCAUAAAAGUUGUGAUAAGUAUUGGGCCUGUGAAAACGGUACAUCUACUCUGAAAACGUGUGGAAAUGGUUUGGUUUUCGAUGAAUCGGAUCCUCUGAGAGAAAACUGUGCUUAUCCAUUCACAGUUAACUGCGGCGAUAGAACUGAAUUAGAACCUCCUGUAAGUACACCCCAUUGCAAACGUCUUUACGGAAUUUUCGAAGAUAAAGACAAUUGCCGCGUCUUCUAUUCUUGUUGGAAUGGAGAAGCUUCCAGAUACGAAUGCCCAACUGGAUUGGCUUAUGAUACCGAUCAGAGAGUAUGUGUUUGGGCAGAUAAUGUAGAUAGAUGUGAUCAAUUAGAGGUGGCUGAAGGUUACGUGUGCCCCGAUCCUCAUGAGAUAGAUCAACCUGGUCUAUACACUCGUCAUGCUCAUCCUACAGAUUGCCGCAAAUUCUAUGUUUGUAUUGAUGGUAUUGCUAGAUCGUAUGGGUGUGGUGUAGGCACAGUUUUCAAUGUGGACACCCUUCAAUGCGAUGAUCCCGAAAAUGUCAGCGGUUGUGAAAAAUACUAUGGUGAGUUAGAUAUAAAAGCCUUAAAGAAAGCUCAGGGUUAGUGAAGAGAUGUUAAAAUUCAAGAAGAAAAAAUGUAAUCAUCAUGUUACAUCAUCUAUCAUUAAUUUCAUAUUUGUUAAGCAACAUUCAAUACGCGAUGAUUGAUCAUAUCGGUAAUUUUCAAGUCAAUAUUCAAAAAUUAAUUAAAAA